AUACAUAACCCGCGAAUUUUAAUUUUCAGAUAAACGACUGGUGGUUUACAUCCCGUGUCCUCUCUCUCGUGUGAAGUGCUCGGUUAACAUUAUUGUUCGAAUUAAUAAGUCCUGUGAGGCUGUAAAAAUAAUAUUGUAACUGCAUACUUCUUAAAAUAUGGUUGAAGUUUACAAGCUGAGAUGCACUCUAUCGGGUCAUAAGAGCGACGUCCGUGCAGUCACUUGUCUUUCAGAUACCAGGAUUGUUUCUGCUUCAAGGGAUUUAACAGCAAGGACAUGGCAUAUUUCCAAAGAAGGUUGCGAUGGCUGUGAAGAUAUGGUUCUUCUCGGGCAUACGAAUUAUGUAUCAGCUGUGUGUUGUCAAGAUUUAGAUAACGAAUGUCGUAUUCUAACAGGAUCACAUGAUAAACUAAUUCGAGGGUAUAAUUCUAUGUCUCCAGAAGCUCUUUUCACUUUAGAAGGGCAUAAAGAUACAGUGUGUACUUUAGCUGUUGGAAAUCACAAAACCAUAAUUAGUGGUUCUUGGGAUAAAUCAAUCAAAAUAUGGAAGGAAGAAAAGUGUGUUUCUACUCUCACAGGACAUGAAGCAGCAGUAUGGUGUGUACUCGUUAUGUCGGCCGUAAAUAUAACCGGUCAUAUUGAUGAUUUAAUUGUUAUCUCUGGUUCAGCUGAUCAAACUAUACGUAUAUGGUGCCUACGUGGUCUUAAUCAAGAUAUAAGUUCGCCUGACAUAAUUUUAUUAAAUUCUUUAAAUGAACAUAAAGACUGUGUACGUGCCUUGGCACGUAUUGAUGAUUCACGAUUUUUAUCAGCAAGCAAUGAUGCCAGUAUAAGAGCUUGGGAUGCUACUACGGGUAAAUGUAUUGGAGAGUUUUAUGGGCACACAAAUUUUGUUUAUGGAUUGGCUUGUUCACCUAAUUUUCCAAAAUUUGUUUCCUGUGGUGAGGAUAGAAGUAUUCGUGUCUGGCUCUUACCUUCGGCAAGUGAAUGGGCUCCUGAAAAACAUUUUAGUUGCUUUCAAACUAUUCUGUUGCCAUGUCAGUCUGCGUGGUGUGUAGCUAUGGUACCGAAUGGUGAUAUUAUUGUCGGAGGCAGUGAUUCGAUGAUUCGGAUAUUUUCAUGUGAUUCAACACGACAAGCAUCUUCAGAUAUCUUGAAACAUUAUGAGACAGAAUUAGCCAAUUUUAAGAUUACAGUUCCUAGUUCUUCUGGAGCUGGAGAUUUAGUUUUGAACAAUUUACCGGGAGUUGAGGCUUUAACGAGACCAGGGAAAUCGGAAGGACAGAUCAUGGUCAUUAACGAUAAUGGCCGCUCUGUUUGUUAUCAAUGGUCUUCACAUGAUACUCGGUGGAUUGAAGUUGGUGAUGUUGUGGGAAGUCAACCUUCUAAUCGUCAAGUUCAUGAAGGCAAAGAAUACGAUUUUGUAUUUACGGUUGAUAUUGAUGAUAGCAUGCCUGGGCUUAAACUACCUUACAAUCGUACUGAAGAUCCCUGGUUUGCAGCUCAUUCUUUUAUUCAAAGACAUGAUUUACCUGCCGGUUAUCUAGAUACAGUUGCUAAUUUCAUUAUUCAAAAUGCAGGACCUCCAAUUAAUCCAGUUGUCAGCAAUGAUCUUUCUCACAGUGAUCCUUUUACUGGAGCACAUCGAUAUAUCCCAAAUAGCUUUUCUUCGACGAUAACCAAGUCCACCACAAAUGGAACGUCGGUUUUUACAUCUCAUUUCCCACCCGAUACCUUUAUAUCUAUGAAAUCAAUCAGCCUUGGUCCUUUAAUGACUAAACUAGAGUCGUUCAAUGUCCAAUCACCGAUUCCGUUAAAUAAUGAAUUUUUAGAAGCAUGUAGAAAAUUCAACAUUGAUGACUGUACUGAAACUGAAGCUGUUCAUCUUACUACUCAUAUUCUAGAUGCAAUAAACAAGUGGACUCCCGAUACAAUAUUCCCCUUAUUGGAUAUUUUACGGUGUUUAGUCUUUUGGCCGAUAUCCAGUGAUAUUAUAUUUGAAACAACGAAUUGGAAUUAUUUAUUGUUAAUUAGUUUUAACAAUCCUGAUUUGUCAAGUGCAAAUUGUUUAUUGAUGUUACGUCUAUUAGUAAACUCUUUAGCUGCAGAUGGUCCAAGAUUUAUUGACACAAUUCAGCGUCAGUCUUUGUCGUCAUCAUCAUCAUCAUCCUUAACAAAUAGUAGUGAUAAGCCGAACGUUGUACCGAAAUCUUUAAUUACUGCUGUUGGAAUAACUGGGAGAUUAGUUGAACUUGUUAAUGAUAAUAAAUUGCAGUUUGUAACGCGUAAACCACAUCAGGUUGCGUUGGCCUGUUUGAUGUAUAAUAUGUCUGUACUUGUUCAUUUGGCGAAACCGUUUUCUAUCGAGUCAAAUAUAUUUCCUCAACUGCGCUUUAUAUCUGGUGUUUGUAUUCGAAUAAGUCUUAAUAUUCUAUCACUUGCCUUGGAUCAUGGUUGUAGUGGUGUUACACAAUUACACCCUGAAGCUGUAAAUCACUUAUUUGUAUCUAUUGGUACCUGUUUAUUAUCAGUAACUUCAGGAUUAAAUUCAACAGAUGAGCAGUUAAAAACACAACGUAUUCGUAUUCUUGCAUCAGCUAUGAUUGGUUUGAAAGAUUUACCUCAAAGUGUUGAUAACGAUGUAAAUAUUGAUAACAAUGUUGAAGAAUUUACCGCCUGGGAAUCAGUUCGUAAAAUUAUUAAUUAUUGGAUAACAACACCUACAGUUUGUUCUAAUGUACGAGCAUGUGCAUCUCAAUUACUUUCAAUUUUAGAAUAACAGUAUCAAGUGACUAAAAACAAUAUUUGUACUUAUUAAAAAUUUACACUUUUUGCUUAAUAUAACUGUUUUGGAUUGUAAAUUUUAAACACGUUUAAGAAGUAUUCAUAUAGGUGUAUGUGUAUCAUUUUCACUCUAAUGACUUUUCAUUUUUAUAAAGUCUUGUGAAUUUGUUUAUAUUUUAUAGACGCACAUUAUUUUUUGUUGUUGCAUAUUGUUUUUUGUACAAAUAUGUGUUUUUUUCAUUGAUUUUGUGAUGUAGAUACUAAUUGCAUGUGUAGUUUUCUGUUUACAUUAUCAUCUUUCGUCUUGAAACUCUUCAAUGAUUAGUAUACAUAUAUACGGUUAACUCACUUCUACGUAUUGGGUGUCUCGUUCAAUAAAUGUUUCACGUUUAAGCUAAAAAAUUGACAAAGUAUAGUGAAUUUAUUUUGUAAUUUAGACUAAUAAUAAUUUUCUGUUUGAAUAAAUGCUACAGUCUAAACCUAAAUCGACCUCAUACAGGUUUGUAUGCUGAUUGAGAAACUGCACCCUUUAUAUGUUGGUUAAUUAACUAUACAAUCCACAGUUAAUGCUAAAUCGUAAAGAUCGUACGAAGUUCGUGUGUCCGAUCAGUAUAUUGUGCGAACCAAAGUACAUGAAAUUAUUAAAAUCAAGUAAUAAUUUCUUCGUGUUAACAAAACAUAAGACGGACAGCGUUUAUAUGCAUCUCUACUUAAAUCAAAAUUUAAUACAUAGUUCGUAUCUACGUACAAUAAGCUGAAAGUGAAUUCGUUUCUUAUAUUUAUUGUAUUUUCUGUUCAAAUUAUUGUAUUUGAAUUCUGAGUUUCAUUCAUAACUUCUUCCUGAUCACACAGUAGUAAUAAAUGUAAAUUACAAUAUAA